AUGAGCGCUACACAACAGCAAAAGACAACACGUCCACGACCCGACGAUGCUGAUUCAGAACACGAUCGCGACGACGACACCCAUCCUCUCAAGAGACUCAAGACUGCUAAUCAGCAAAACGGUCCACGAGUUGAGCACGUCGACACAGGAAUCCGACUACUCGCUUCCAAUGCUGCGUCGCAAGAAGAGAAUGUUGGUUGUGUACGUUUGCGUGACCUGUUAUAUCAUGAUGAUCUCGAACGAAUUGUACAGUUUAACUUUACUGUGGAUCUCGAGUAUUUGAUGCAAAAUAUACAUCCGGCUGUUCGUACCAAAAUUCCCGUUACUGUCAUCCAUGGUCAUCGAUAUGAUGAAAGUCGUGCUGCUAUACAGCAAGAAGCAAAGCGCUGGCCAAACGUGCGAUUAAUAGCUCCAUAUAUCCAAGACAGAUACGGGACACAUCACACAAAGGCUAUGCUCUUGUACUUUAACCGCAAUGGUUCCAAAUCCAUCCGGAUGGUGGUGUGUACUGCAAAUCUUUGUCAAGACGACUGGGAAGUGAUGACGCAAGGUGUUUAUCAAACCCCACAUUGCCCGUUAAAGGAGACUGGUGAAGAAUCAACAUUGAAUGGCAACGAAGGAACCAUUGUUGGCUCGGAAUUCGGCUCGCCCUUUGAACGGGACCUCAUCAACUACCUGAAUGCAUAUGGUAUAAGCUUGAAAGACAUCCGAAGUGAUGUGCGACAGUACGACUGGUCCUCGUGCAAAGGAAUACUCAUUGGUUCCGUGCCUGGUUAUCACAAGGGACCCACAAUGCAUCUUUGGGGGCUACAGCGCUUGGUGAAUGUUUUGAAAGCUCAUGUUCACUUGGAUACCGAAUGCACCAAGGAUGGCUCGACUCUUGUUGCACAGUGCUCCAGUGUUGGAAGUCUACGCGGCAAAUGGUUUCAAAGAGAUUUCACGCGUUGUAUGUCCGAGGCUGAGAAUUCUGAUAUGGCCAAAAAACCAGAGAUCCGUUUUAUGUAUCCAACCGUUGAAGAGGUUUCUCAAAGUGUGGAUGCUGGCCGACAAAAAGUGAUGCCACAUAUCAAGACAUACACCCGAGUAUAUGGAUACAACAGCAUCGCAUGGCAUCUGUUGACCUCUGCGAAUUUGAGUCGUGCAGCAUGGGGCGAGUUUCAAAAGAACGACUCUCAGCUCUAUAUCAAAAGCUAUGAGCUUGGCGUAUUCAUUUGUCCUAGUUUAUUUGAGAACUCUACUACAAAUGUCCAAAUGCUGGCUGCUACAGUUCAAGUCCCAAGACCAAUACCCAAUACGCUUGUUGUUGACGACGACGACAACGAUAAUAAUAAUACUAAUAAUAAUAUUACAACAGCAGUAGUACCUGUUCGAUUGCCGUAUGAUUUACCGGUUGUGGCAUAUGGAAAAAACGAUCUGUGUUACACAAGGCAAUACUCGCAUGAUGCUUAUAACCAGCUUUUUGGAACGGGUUAUAGCAGCCCAUAA